GCAGGAGCUGUUCUCAUACGGGGCUUUUUGCCUUCAUUUUGAAAUCCACACUGAGACAAAGUGCAUUAGCUGGUGUUGUUCAUUCUUCAGUAUUAAAAGCAUUGCGGGGAACAAGACCACACACACAGACACAUUAGCAUUAUCCAACACUACCAAGAGACGAUUACCCCAGUAGGAAGGGAAGCGGAAGGAAGGAGCAGAGCCUCAGCAGCAAAAAAUCUUGGGAGAAAGGUUUCUUUCAUUUUGCUCUGAAAUGCCCCUGGUCUGUUUGUCUGAUUUUGAGGAGUAUGCUAAAAGUCAUCUUCCCAAGGCUGUCUGGGAGUUUUUUGCAGCUGGUGCUGAUGAAUGCUGCACCCGGGAUGAAAACCUCUUGGCAUAUAAAAGAAUCUACUUCCGGCCACGCGUGCUGCGGGAUAUGUCUGCCAUGGAGACCAAGACCACGAUCCUCGGCAAUGAGAUCAGCUUCCCUGUGGGGAUUGCUCCCACUGGCUUCCACAAGCUGGCUUGCCCUGAUGGAGAGCAAAGUACGGCUAGAGCGGCAGAAACCAUGAAAACCUGCUACAUUGCCAGCACUUACUCCAAUUGCUCUGUGGAAGAAAUUGUUGCUGCUGCACCUUCGGGUUUACGGUGGUUCCAGCUCUAUAUUCACCGGAAGAGGACAUUCUCAGAGCAGCUGGUGCGGCGGGUGGAAUCGCUGGGCUUCCAGGCCCUGGUGCUCACAGCUGAUCUGCCGUACACUGGGAAGAGACGCGACGACAUACGCAACAGCUUCCAAUUCUUGUCUUCUACGUCACUCAAGAACUUCGAAGGUGUCUUUGAGGGUGAAGACCGCUCUGAAUAUGGGCUGCCUUCUGGGUCCAUAGACCCCUCUGUCAAUUGGGAUGAUAUCUCCUGGCUACAGAGUUUGACCCGCCUGCCUCUCAUCAUCAAGGGUAUUCUGACAAAGGAAGAUGCUGAGCUGGCUGUGAGACAUGGCGUUCAAGGGAUUAUCGUAUCCAACCAUGGAGGGAGACAGCUCGAUGGGGUACCUGCAAGUAUUGAAGCGCUGGUGGAAGUUGCAGCUGCAGUGCAAGGCAAAGCUGAAGUUUACCUGGACGGUGGGAUUCGAACAGGAAGCGACGUAUUGAAAGCAUUGGCCCUUGGAGCAAAAUGUGUCUUUGUUGGAAGGCCUGCCAUCUGGGGUCUGGCCUAUAAGGGUGAAGAAGGACUUCAAGAAGUGUUGAAGGUUUUAAAAGAUGAAUUUCGUUUGUCAAUGGCUCUUGCUGGCUGUAGAAAUAUCUCAGAAAUUGGCCAACAUCUUGUUCAGUACUCCAAGUUGUAAAGGGUCCUCCUGCAGCAGAAAAUGACCACAGAACUGGUGAAGGCUUUAGCUACCAACAGUAGAUUUGUUUAUAAUAAUUUUCUUGCAAAUUAACACAGAUUGAGUUGGUCAUUUCUCUUGUGAAAAUUGUUCUCCCUUCUUCUUUAUUAAUUUUUGCAUCUAUCAUUAACUCAUCAUUAUGAAAAUUCUAUCUAUUUGAUAGUAAAUUUAUUAGAUGUUAAUAUGUGUGUUAUGUUGGGUGAUUUUGUUGAGUAGUUGAAAUAAUUGACAGUGCAUAAUAAAUAUGUUGUAUAACAGUAUGUUAAUAUUUUUUGUUAAAAUAAAUAAAGCAUUCAAAAAUUAAAAAAAGGAAAAAAGAAGAGCUAACAGUAUACACAGAAACAUAUCACUGUGUCAAAAUGAAAAAUAAACAGGAAACAAUAAAUCAAGCAAGUUCAGCCGCGGCAAAGUGGAAAACUUAGGGAAGUACACUACAGACCAACAAAAUUAUAAUAAAUAAUAACCAUAGAGAAAAAGCAUGCUUAAACAAAAACAUUGUUGCUUAAGUAAUUGUUGUCUAAACACAUGCCAUGAGAGACCUCUCAUGGCAGUGAAUGCUACAGAAAAUGCCCAGUCUUGUGCCUCCAACCUUGUAAAGGCAGCAACAUACACAGCAGGGGCUCUCCUAAUAUGAUACGGAAGACAGUCCUUCCAAAACCCUGGUUCCAAAUGAUGUAGAACUUUGAAGGUGAUAAUGUGCACUAAGAAUUGGGCCUGGAAGCAAACAGGAAGUCAGUGCAGUGAUAUAAAAAAACUGUGGUGCCUUGGCCGUCAUCCAUUGUUGCCUCGAGGUUUACGUCUCCCGCCCCCGUAAGAUUCAGUUUAAAGCCCUCCUGAUCAAGUUCUUCAUGCUGUGGCCGAACACAUUCUUUCCAGCCCUUGUGAGGUGCAACCCAUCCCUUGCCAGCAGUCCAUGUUCCAAGUAGCGUAGCCCGUGGUCCCAGAAUCCAAAAUUCUCACGUCGGCACCACCUUCGUAGCCAGUCGUUCAUCCGGAGUAUUUUUCUUUCCCUUUCUAAUCCUCUUCCAAGAACCGGGAGGAUGGAUGAGAAAACUACCUGGGCCCCAAAGUUCUUCAGUUUCCUUUCCAGAGCUUCAUAGUCUGAAAUGAUUUCUUUGUAGCUCUGCCUGGCGACAUCAUUUGUUCCCACAUGGAUGAGAAGAAAGGGGUAUGCGUCCGUGGACUUUAUCCAAAUUGGUUUAGUGGUAGGUCUUAAGGAGAGCUUUCAGCAUGCCGAAUUUGAACCAGAUUGGGUCAUCCGUUGAUUUUUUAUGAUUUUUUACAUUUCCUCCCUCAAAUCCAUUAAGGCUACAGUGCUAUAACCAUUUACCUAGGAGUAAGCCCCAUUGACCUCAAUGGUGCUUACAUUUAAGUAGUCAUGCAUUGGCUUGCACUGUAAUUGAAUGAAAGCUGAACAACAAGAUCAAAAAAGGGCUACUAAAGUCUCAGCUCUUUUGCAAGUUAAUUAACAGAGCACACAAUCCACUAAUACGUUCUCCUUUGUGGCCCUUAUUGAUACAGAUGGGCACAGCAAUGCUCCUGUGCAGCUAUGCUCAUACCAAUGAGGAUUGUGCGGGACAAUUUUCUGAUGGACUGUGGCUAUACGCUUUGCUAGACCUUAGCUGCUAAAUUGUUCAUUUGCCAGCAAAUGGUGCAAGGGAUGCCAAGACUAGAAUGUAUAAGCAGAGUAGAAUAAUGAAGAGUUCAAUAUGUUGUUCAGCAUCAAAACAUCUUAAUGUGUGUUUGUUGUAAUGUGCUCUGAAUAAAUGAAAAUAUUUAUCUA